AUGGAAAUGAAAUUAGUAUCCAGAGAAACCAUGAAACCCUCCACACCCACCCUUCCUCACCUCAGAACCUAUCCCCUCUCCUUCAUAGACAACAUCGUUUUCCGCAACUACGUUCCAUUACUCUUCUUCUACUCUCCAAACCCUAACCAUGACCAAGCCUCCAUAAUACCAACCCUCAAAAAAUCCCUAUCCCAAGUCCUAUCCCGCUACUACCCCUUAGCAGGCACCUUCAAAGAUCAAAUUUCCAUUGAUUGCAACGACCAAGGUGCUUCGUUACUGGUCACAAACUCAACAUGCAACCUCUCCUCCAUCCUCCGCAACCCCACCGAAGCAUCGCUGAACCCUCUUUUCCCCGAUGGACUACAGUGGAAGCCCAUGAACGCUUCUUCAACCAUAUUGGUUAUUCAAAUAAACUCAUUCGCCUGCGGAGGAAUCGCAAUCAGCGUCUGCAUGUCUCACAAAGUUGCCGACGCCGCCACUCUUUCGAAUUUCAUCAACGACUGGGCCACACUCAACCGUCAACAACAACCGCCACCACCCUUCCCAGUUCCCGCUGCUUCCUUUUUCCCGCAAGAGAAUCUCCCUCUUUUCCCAGAAGCCGCGUUCGUCGAAAACGACACCGUUUGCAGAAGGUUGGUGUUUGAGGCCUGCAAAAUCGACUCACUGAAAGCCCUAGUGUCCUCUUACAAAGUGGAUAACCCCACGCGCGUGGAAGUCGUCAGCGCGUUGAUUUACGCGCGCGUGGUUGCCGCUCUAGGGCUGAGUCCCUCAACGACGUCGUUCCGCACCGCCGUGAACCUCCGGAGGAGGACGGUUCCGCCUCUUCCCGAGAACAGCGUAGGGAACUUGGUUUGGUUCCUGUUCGUGUUUCAGCCGCGCGAGAUAAAGGUUCAUGAGUUGGUGGUGAGAAUGAAGGAAGGGUUGCGCGAGUUUUGUGGCACGUUUGCGAGGAAGUUCGGAGGGGAGGGUAGGGACUCGAGGUUCAUAUCGGAGUGCCUGAAGCAAGCUACUUCGGUUCCCGAGGCUGAGGAGAGUGGAGGCUUGGUUUGUUGUGCGAGUUGGAGCGGGUUUCCGAUGUAUGAAGCGGAUUUCGGGUGGGGGAAACCGGUGUGGUUCACCACUAGUGGGUGCCCCGUGAGGAAUAGCGUGGUUUUGAUGGAUGCGAGAGAUGGGGGUGGGGUUGAAGCGCUUGUCAACAUGGAAGAGAAAGACAUGGCUAGGUUUGAACGUGACGAUGAGCUUCUCAGAUAUGCUUCUAUUAAUCCAACACUUGGAGAAUGGUGAUGAAUGAUGAUUUAAUUAACUUAGGUGCGUGCAUGCUUUAAGUUAUACGAACUGUGCUAUCAGCUAUGCAAUGUAUAAGAAUAUAGUUAAGGGGAAUUUCAAUUUGGUUUUUCAAGUUGUAGAAAUACUGUUGAUGCUGUUGCUUUUGCUUGUUCUAGCGAGUUUGCCCCGGGUCUCAGAUAUACAAGGCAAAGGGAAUGCAUUGAUAGAAUCAGCCAAUCAGGAAAUAUAUAUAGAUUAUAUAUCCAAUUUUCCACGAUCCCAUUUGGAC